AUGAGCAAGAGGCGGCAGCAGCGGCUGCACGCCGUUGCGGUGCGCGUGGGGCGGUUGAACGAGGACGAGCAGAGCACUGCGCGCUCCCCCCGUGCGUCGCUGGGCUUCUCCCCGCUGCGACCCACCAAGCCCGCGAGUCAGCCGCGCAGCAACACGCCCGUGAGUCAGCCGCGCAGCAACACGCCCACGCCCACGCACGUCAUGGGUGCACGCGCUGCUGCUACCACCGCUUCUGGGCAGAGCGCUGCUGUCACCACCGCUGCUGUUAACAUGAAGAGCGCCGCUGUGAAAAACGUUGCUGUGAGGACUGUUCCAGCUAUUCCUGCAGCAGCCAGGGGAUCGUCAGCCAAGGCUACAGCGGCUGCUGCUGUGAAGCCUGUAGCUGCUGUGAAGAGCGUUAAGCCUGCAGCUGCUGCAGCUAAAGCAACGCUAGCCAAGGCCACACGUAUGACGCCUGCAGCUGCUAAGAGUGUUGCUGCUAAGAGUAACUCAGUGGGGUCAGUGACAACAAAAGCAGCAGGCGAGAAGGCGAGGGAGCAGGGCAAUGGGAGGGCAGCACACACGGCGGUGCGUGCAGCAGCAGGGAAGGCGGCGUUGGGAGGGGUGGAGGCAGCAGAAGGGCGAGCAGCAGGUUUGGGAGAGGGUUCAGGGCGUGGUGGCGGUGGUGCGAGUGGUAUCCCUAAGCCUGGGCAGAGCAGGGCAGCGCACACGGCUUCAGCGGCUAAGGCAGUGCAGGCUGCGCCUCACAGCACUCGUAAACCGGCUGCUCCAGCAGCAGCAGUGGCCGCCACUCGCAUUCCCAAGCCACGCUCAGCAGCAGCCAGUGGCAUUCCCAAGCCACACAGCGCAGCAACCAAGGGAAGCAGUGAACGGUGA